GAGGAGGAGGAGAUACGUGUAGCCUGCCGCGGGGCUUUAGCUGGCUUAGCAUUAGCAACACGUAGCUAGGCGGAGGCGCAACAAGCCCCUCGGUCGCCGAAAUAGGUGGUACAUCUCGCCUUCCCUUUGGAAUUGGCGUGACUCUUGUAUGGGUUCACGUCCCGGGACGGAACGCACGGAACCCGACGCGGCACAACGGACACGGUGAUGGCGUGGUCAUGUGUGCAGCUAGCGCUGUGUGUGUGGAGAUGGUUUUAACAUACGCUGUUCUGGAGGACUCAGGAACACUGCACUGGCCUGGAGAAGCCUCAUAGACAAACGCACACAACAUACACACUUGUACACAAAAAGAUUUACGCAUACACGCGCCGCUGCCGUGCCGGGAGAAAAGGGACACACAGACGCACGGAUACAUAACACAGGCGUCACCUGAAGUGCACCUACACAUUGACAUCCUGUGUUUGUGUGUUAGCAGCCCUACACCCAGUUUUUUGGUGUCCUAUCUCCUCUCCUGUGUGAGAGAGUAUAUUGUAUUCCCCCCCCCCCCCCCCCCCCCCCCCCGUCUGUCCCAUCUCCACCGCCACCAUGCCAAGCUCCACCAUCCGCAGACAGAUGAAGAACAUGGUGAACAACUACUCUGACGCGGAGAAGAAAGUCAGAGAGGCCACCUCCAACGACCCCUGGGGCCCGUCGUCUUCCCUCAUGUCCGAGAUCGCCGACCUCACUUACAACGUGGUGGCCUUCAGCGAGAUCAUGAGCAUGAUCUGGAAACGGCUCAACGACCACGGCAAGAACUGGCGCCACGUCUACAAGGCCCUGACCCUGCUCGACUACCUGAUCAAGACGGGCUCAGAGCGAGUGGCGCUGCAGUGCAAAGAGAACAUCUUUGCCAUCCAGACUCUGAAGGACUUCCAGUACAUCGACAGAGACGGAAAAGACCAGGGCAUCAAUGUCAGGGAGAAGAGCAAGCAGCUAGUGGUCCUACUCAAAGACGAAGAUCGUCUUAAAGGAGAAAGGUCUCAGGCUUUGAAGACCAAAGAGCGCAUGGCCCAGGUGUCCACAGGGAGCAGUCAGAUGGGUUUUGGCCGAGGCUCAUCUCAGCCCAACCUCUCCACUUCAUACAGUGAAGAGUACGGCAGGUCAGAGGGCUCACCUGCCUCCUACCACGGCUCCACGUCCCCCAAUGCGGGCUCAGAGCUGGAGCAGGCCAGACCUCAGACCAGUGGAGAGGAGGAGCUACAGCUGCAACUGGCUCUGGCCAUGAGCAGAGAGGCGGCAGAGCAGGAGGACCGCAUACGAAGAGGGGACGACCUCAGAUUACAGAUGGCUUUAGAGGAGAGCAAGAAAGAAGGUCCUGGUUCAGCAAAACUAGCCAAGAAGAAGAGAGAGCCACAGUCGUCUUUGAUGGAUCUGAUGGACGUUCCAGAGCCUGGUGCCUCUGCCGACCCCUGGGGCGCCGGGGCUGCAGCUGCGGCCGCGAUUGGGGCUGGAGCUGGAGCUGGGGCUGCUGCUGCAUCAGCAGACCCCUGGCAGUCUUAUGGGUCUGCCCCCAAGCCAGCAGCCCCAGUGGACCCAUGGGGCGCUCCUCCCUCUGUCCCACCCAUGAAGAGCAGUGACCCGUGGGCACCGAACUCCACCCCUGCCGCUGACCCCUGGGGCUCUGCAGCUACCCGCCCCAAGAUGUCUAACACAGGUAGUUUUGACCUGUUCAAUUCAUCCAACGGUACGUCCAAAGAGGACUUCUCAGAGUUUGACAGCCUGCGCUCCUCUUCCUCUGUCCCCACUGGUGAUGGGGGCGUAACAUCGUCCAUCCCCUCCCAGGCCAGUCUUGCAAGCAGCAGCAGCCUGGACCUCUUCGAUCCCCUGCCCACCUCCUCAUUGAACAUGAACCUUAUCAGAAAGACUCCCGAGUCCUUCCUGGGUCCCAAUGCAGCCCUGGUGAAUCUGGACUCUCUGGUGACCAAACCAGCCCAGCCCCCGCCAGUCGUCAACCCGUUCCUGGCUUCAACAGGUGUUUCUGCUCCUACAGCGGCAGCAGCGGCUCACGCCAACCCCUUCCAAGUGAGCCAGCCAGCUCCCCCCACCCUCAACCAGAUGCGGGUCAGUCCCAUGCCCUCGGGCUUUGCCGCCAUGCCCGAGCCCAUGGCCCUCUCCUCCAUGCCUGCUCAGUCAAUCACUAUGGUCCCCAUGGCAGGGAUGGCUCCCAUGGGCCACGUGAUGCCCGGGAUGGGGGUCAGCGCUCUCGGAGGUGUGGGGAUGAACGCGGGGAUCCCGGCCUCCAUGUCCAUGCCCCAGCCCCUUAUAAGCAUGCCCCCACAGGCCGGGACGCAGUCAGCAGGAACCACCAACCCCUUCCUUUUGUGAGGGGGUGACUUGCCCCAGAGUUACCUCUCUUCCCUCCCUCCCCCUCGCUCUUUCUCUUCCACAAGCUUCAAAAUGAACAAGGAUAUGUCUUAUCCCUUUUAUCCCUUUAUAACCACCUCCUACCCAGGCUGUGGUCCCAGCCUGGCCUCCUCCUAACUUACCACACUCCUUUCUCCUCAGUUACUCUAUCUCUGUGCUAAAAGCUGCCUAGUCCGGUGUGUUCCAUGCUGAUCUGACCAUGUUGUUGGUGACCACAAGGAGUUCGCUUCUGACCAUAGACUUACAGAGUAGCAGUGGUGUUUACAAUUUUAUUUUCCACAGAGGACCCGGUCUCUCAUCCCCAUCCUCCUCUCCUUCACUCGCCUCCUGUCCCUUAGGACUGUUCCUUUUCUUCUUCUGUGGUGGAGUGACAGGAGAGAAUGACUGUACUAAUUCCAGGAUCUUAUCUCUUCACUAAAGCUAAUCUUUUAUAAGCCCUGUCAGCUGGUGUGUGUGUGUGUAUGUGUGUUUGCAUGAGUGCACACGUGCACACAUCCCAGUACUUUUACACUGUGUAUAUUCCAGUGGGUUUUACUCACACACUGGAGUAAUGAGAGAUGGUCAGAUGUGUUUAUACUCAGUGUGUGUGUGCGUGUGUGUUACUAAGCAGGGAUUUUGCACAAUUCCCCCCCCCGCGACUGUUGGGCUCACCAUUACACCUUAGCUUAGGGAGGGAGGCUUGCCCUAAAACGGCCGAGACGACACACACUGCCUCGGCUCUCGGUACCACUCAGUCAGUCACAACCCUCGUCUGGUCACUUCCCGUCACAUUUUCCUGACCUUUCCGCAUAAACUUUGACCUACAGUGGUCACGGGAUUAACGACGAACACUUGUCAAAAGAGAUGGACGCCUCGUCUGAGGGGUUGAAAAAAAAAAAAAAAAGUGUAAAUGCAAUUUGUGUUUGUACGUUUGUGUGUGAUCAUGUGCAGCGGUAAUGCUCAGAUACUCACAGCCACAUUGGUGAUGUGUUUAUCACAACCCAGUGUGUGUUUGGAGAAAAAGACAUGAACUGUGAUGGCAUCAGUAUUUUAUUAUCUGAAUGUGGGGUGGGGGACAGUUUUUUUUUCUCCCCGUUUAAGAUUGUUUCUAGGGUCAAAGGGAAGAGGUGGGGUGUGUGUUUGUGUGCACGUGCGUACACGCAUGAGAGAUACGUUUUAGCUUCCAAGUGUACUUUACUGAGUGACAAAUGAAAAAAAACUGCUCACUAAAGUGGAAACUGGCUUAGAUUUCCUGGAGUUAGUUUCUGUAGUGUCAAUGAAAACAAAGGGUAAUGUAGACAUCUGCAGCCUUAAGGUGUGUUAGUGAGGGUGUGUGUGUUUAUGUAUGUAUGUGCUCGCAUAUGUCGCGUGUGUGUGUACAACCAUAUAUCAGUGGGGGUUGCAAGACAUCUCUGGGUUCAAAGGGCGUGUCAGCCAGUCAGCAUUGUGAAGACAGUUUACCUCUGGGUGGAUUUACUGUGGCUAAUCUAAUGAAAAGAACAUUAUCUGGUUGACACGCACACACGCGCGCACAUGCACGGGGUUGCUCCAGGAUCGGUGUAUUGAUAGGACAGGGGAAUCCUGCAGCACACAACAACAGAGAGACGUCUAAACAAGCAGUUUUUUUAUUUUGUUGGUUUCUUUUUUUUGUUAUUUACUCGUUAGAUGCAAAUCCAUAGCCGAGCCUUUCUGAGUUUCGGAGCUGUGUACUAAGCCGUGUAUCCUCUUCAUUCUCUCUUUUUGUCUAUGUUUCUGCCACCUUUUUUUUUUCUUCACCCUAUGGGUAGGCUAUGUAAUUCUCUUCUCUUAGAAGCACAACUGUUACCAAAGUCAUAGCGACUGUGAUUCCUGAGGAUGUCGUACUUUGAGUAGUUUGAAGAGUCACCCUUCACUGAUUUCUUUUCUCUGUGAUAUCAGAGACCCCGUUGUUUUUGGGGGGGUUUGUUUUUUUCAUUUCUGAGCUAUUUUACAGUUUGUUCAGGAGCUUGUGUGAGAAAGUGUUACUGGUGGCUGAAUAUCGGCACAUUUACUGACAGCAAGCAAAGCACCUCUGUCUCUAUAGGUUGGGAAAGGUGGGACGAUGAAAUUGAGCUAAAGAUGAUCAAUUUUGCCUGGUGUAUAGACCCCUCUUCCCUUUAGGUCACUGUACUCUCUUCUCUUCAGUUCUGUUAAUAUCACUGCCAAUGUUUUUACUAUGUGAGCUGGCGCCCUCUCCUGGUCUGCUGUGACAUGAUGGCAACACCGCGGGACUCUUGAUAUUUCCACUACAGGCAGACCUUCAUUCCUCUCAGGCAAAAAGGAGGGGCAGCUCCGACCGUGUGUGUAUGAUUUUUGAUUGACGAUGCUGAGGGCUUUUUGUGCUUGGGGUCCUGGAUGAAUGGAUGUGACACUUAACUUGCAGACCAGCAAACAAUUUUUAAUCUCAACUAAAUAUAUGCAAGAAUUGGAGCGGAAAAAAGGUGAGAAAAAACAAGAAGACCUAACGUUUGCAGUGUUUAGCAAAGUUAGAUUUGCUAACAAAGUCUUGUUAAUGAAUGAAAUGCUACUAUGACAUACUCCAGACGAGACAUGUCACCGUGUCGCUGGCCUUGAUUUCACUGUGGCCUGACCUUUAACUUGACUCCAGCGAUUGUGGAAAACAUUGAGUUGUCGAUGCAUUGGAGAAAAUCAAACAAACUUUACCGUCUUGGAAAAAAAAAAAGAAGAAGAUCAGCACUCCCAAACCGUCAGAUGACACUGCAGCUCAAUCCCAGGCAACAGCUUCACACUCACGAUUGUGGUGCAGUGAAAAUGUGGCCUGCAUGUAGCAAGCUCCUCUGUGUGUUACUAUGUAUUCACUAUGCUUUUUAUCAUGAGGACUAACUGGACUUAUGGACUGUCUGUCUUUGUAUGCAUAAACAGCCUCCUUUAUUCUUUUCCGUGUCUAUUUACUCGUCUCAUAGUACUGGGAGCAGGCUGCUUUUUCUUUUUCUUUAUUUUUUUAUUGGAUACGUGCUCAACCCAUUGGCAUUAUAACUGUAUAAUAUAAUUUAUCAUUUGUACUAUUGUAACAUACUGUUCUCCUGUAUACCUUAUUAUUCUGUGUAAUGGGUUUUGUAGGAAAAGUCACCGUGAUAUUUUAACGGCAUCUAAACAAGCGAAUGCAGCAGGCCACACCCUGUUGGAUGAGGACAACUGUAGCUGCAUUGGUUCAAAAUAAAAUGUGUAUCACUUCCGCUCUGUAA